UGUAUAUGUUUGAGCUUCCUGCCUGCGUAUCUGUAAUGUGUAAACUUGUCUGUUGAAGUUUAUUAUGGAACUUGAUGGCUGCAGUAAUCAUCAUAAGUCAAGCAAAGCCAAAAGGUCUUUAUUCAUCGAAAAGUAAGACUGAAUCCACAUGACUUUAUUUAACUUUAGCAGUCUGAGUGUUUGCAGUCUGCUUCAGCUGGGUUUCCUCUCACCAGGCAGCAGCGGUGUAAGGUCCGACUGUGCAGGUAAUCUCAUGAGGCUGUCGUUGGACAAGGCCCUGGCACUGGGGAACCAGCUGGAGGUGGAAGCAGUCAAUGACACCCAGCACAUUCAGAUAACACCUGCUUUGGCUGCUCAGUGUGGAUACAGCAUGGAGUCUGAUCCAUGGGGCAACACCAGGAUCUACACAUCUCUAAUGGGCUGUUAUGUGGACAACAAAGAUGAUACAACAUUUACUGUCGGUCUGACACUUCGAAUGUACAGCCAAGCUUCAUCAGAGAUGGUUUCUCAUGACGUGUCUCAGACGUGUAGCUAUUCUCGUUGGGCCUCCAGAGAAAUUCUCUGCGACAGGAAUUAUAUGGAGGUGUCGCAGUACAUGGCAGCACCUGACAAACGCAGUGAACAUCAGAGGCCACUUAUGGACAUCAAACAGGGCUCUGCAACACCUGGCAUCUGGAAACUGACAUUCCACACCCCGGGAUCAGUGGUGCCGAUGGUGCUGGGAGAAGCUGAGCAGAACGGCUACAGUGCCAGGAUCACCUCCAAGCGUCUGGUCGUGCGAAGUCCGUACAGCACAUCAGAGACAUACCAGUAUCCCGACGGUGUGGCUAAAAUACCCAUGGAAAUGUUCAAGGUGAGCGUUUACUACAAUGCACCACAUGGAUUGAGUGUUGUGGACAUGGCAGCUGCAUGUCCUACAGGUGGCGUCCUCUUUAAUGAGGAUUUAAUCUCUUGGUACGUGCCCCGCAGCGUCACACCCCUGUUGGAUGGGGCCGUUAAAAUCAUUGAGGUGCACAUGGGCAUCAACGGGCAGAGGCUGGACAAAUCUCAAAUGACUGUACACGGGUACACCCUAUCCCAAACCGAAUUUCAUAUUAUCGCUGAAAUGCGUGUAGGUUCGCCUGAUGGCUAUUACAAGAGCCAUGCCCUAGAUUACCAGUACCACAUCACCUACACUAUAGAGCCAAUGCUGGAGGUUUUGUGGAAAUCAGUGAAGACCCAAGAAGAUACUAGAUACAAAAUUCUGUUCCCCAUCACCACCCCUGCCAUGCCUGGACUGAACCAAAUCUCCAACAAUGCAGUCCCAGAGGACAGGGUGUUUGACGUUCACAUGUGGAACUUCCUUUACGACGUGGAGCUGGUGAACAUCACGUUUUCCUCCGGUGUUUUCACUGUGGAGGAGUGCAACGCCAUGGGCUUCGCAGUCCAGGACCACAGGUUUCCCAAUGGGACCAAGAGCUUCUCUCUGAAAGUGCCUUUCGAUGCUGCCGUGGUCCUGAAACAUAAUACUGGACCCUUGGUCACAAACUACGUCCUCUCUGCGGUCUUUGGCUUCAUCAUCAUGCCUGAGUACACUCCUUUUGCUCAGCCAGUGGAGAUGCAGGUGUCUUUGCAAGACGUCGUUCUACCCACGGUCACUGGUGUCUGUGACCAGGGUCAUUUUCACAUCACUGUGAAAUAUGGGAAUCAAGGCGCCAGCUUUGACGCAUUCAUGACCAUAGCUGGACCUCGGCAGAUUAUCCCAGAAAUAGCUGAGGCGUACAAACUGCAGGGAAACGCGACACAUUUCAGCUUCUCGGUCCCAUACGACUCCCCGGACACAGCUUUCGAGUUCCUUAACUCUGAUUCAGUCAGAGCCAGACUCGACGUACUUCUGUGGGAUUCGCACAAUGAGUGGGUGCUUGGUGACCUGCACUUGGCCUGCAGUUUCCCCUUGGUGACGACUCAGUGUCACCCCAACGGAACAAUGUCUGCUCUGGCUGUGAAGGUAGACUCGACUCCCAACCUCGUCCCCAGUUGGCUGACACUCCGGGACAUGUCCUGCAAACCAGUUUUCAGUGACGACCGUUUUGCGUAUUUUUAUUUUGGUGUAGAUUCCUGCGGGACCACCAGAACGUUUUUCGACGACCGCAUGCUCUAUGAGAAUGAGAUCAGGCCGCAUUAUCACAACACAGGGAAGGCCUACUCAUCUCCAGCUGAUCCUGAAUACAAACAGACUAUUUCCUGCUACUACAAAGUAGAUCAGAGUCAAACAGUUGCUUUUGGCUACAAGAAAAGCAACCAACCAGCAGCAGAGAUCGGGACAGGACAGCUGAUGGUGCAAAUGAGGAUCGCCAAAGAUGUGUCUUACGAGUCCUUCCACGCGGCAGAAGAUUAUCCAGUCACUAAAUACUUGAAGGAGCCCGUGUACUUCGAGGUGGAGCUGAUGCACUCUGUCGAUCAACAUCUGGAGCUCAUUUUGAUGAACUGUUGGGCCACUCUGGAGCAAGACAGGACGUCCCUGCCCAGCUGGGACAUCAUUAUUAAUGGCUGUGCGGACAGUGACGACAGCUACGUAACAAUCCUACAUCCUGUGAAGAAUCACGACAGAGCUGCGAUCCUUUCUCACGCUAAACGCUUCUCGAUCAAGAUGUUCACCUUCACUCAAGAGCAGGAACUUCUCAAACAUGAGAUCUACGUCCACUGCGAUGCGCUGAUCUGUGACAAAAGCAUCAGAAAAGAAGGUGCCUGCAGUCGUCGGUGUGCACAUCCCACAAGCACGAGAAAAGCUGGACGGCACCAAAGUUCAGAGUCGGCCCAUCAAACGCAGAUUUCCUCUGGACCAAUUCGAUUAAACGGUUAAUCCUCUAAAUAAAAGGUUUCUUAAUUUAAAAAAA